AUUCGCUGCUACAGCUCAUCAAGCUAUCUGCAAGGGUACGUAUGCUGGACGGAUGUGCAGAAAUUAUAGCCACCUGUAGAUGUAGUUCGAAAUGAAUAUGCCACAAGAAGUCAAUGUAUUCGAUACGUAACAAUAACUUAUUGGAAGUAAAUUGAAACUCGGUCGAACAAAGACCUAAGAAACGGAAGAGUCAAAAGAAAGAAGAAAUAACGAAAUAAAAAUGGGUUACGACGACGUAAUCUCACACAUAAGAGAAAUCGGCCCGUAUCAACGAAGAAUAUUCGUCGUCAACUUCUUACCAGCACUAACCAGCGCCUUUCACGUGAUGGGAGGAGUUUUCCUGGGAGGCGUACCAGAGUUUAGAUGUUUGACGCCCGAGGAAGACCAAAGAAAUGCAACCUACGAUCUGCGACCAGAUACGGCAAACAUUACGCAUCCAUGGGUUGACGCGACGCAAAGUUGGUCGCGGUGCGAAAGAUACAACACAACUCAGAUUGAUCUCUAUCAGCUACGGAGUGGCAAUUCGUCGUCGAAACCUGCUGCUGUCAAGUGUGACUCUUUUGCUUACGAUGACAGCCAAUACGGGGUAACCGCCUCAACUCAAUGGGAUCUAGUAUGCGAUGAUGCAUGGUUGAAAACUGCCAGCGAGUCACUGUUCAUGCUAGGAGUGAUGUUGGGAGUUUUGACUUUCGGUGCAUUGUCUGACAGAUACGGACGCAAGCGAAUGCUCAUAUGGGGUUCAAUAUUGCAAUUGAUUUCCGGACUGCUAGUCGCUGCUUCGCCUAAUUUCACGAUGUACGUCAUUUUCAGAGUGCUCGUCGCGACGACAAGUACUGGACUUUACGUUGUGGCUUACGUUGCUGCAAUCGAGAUGGUUUACCGAAAGAAGAAAAUUCCAGCCGGGACAAUUAGUCUCUUUUUCAUAGGAGGUUGCCUUCUGACUGUCGUUUUUGCAUAUUUCAUUAGAAAUUGGAGAAUUCUACAGCUGGCCUAUACCGCGCCAACCCUUUUAUUCCUAGCAUUAUCGUGGUCUAUCCCGGAAUCUGCACGAUGGCUGCUGAGCAAGGGUCGCGUGGAAGAGGCAAAAAAUAUACUUCACAAGGCAUCGAUGGAAAAUGGGGUCGUAUUGCCGCGAGAUGCAUUGGACGAAUUACUGACAAUCGAAAGUGGAAAUAAAGCGAACAGUGGAAAAUCGUCAUUGCUUGAUAUUCUCAGAUACCCAAACAUCAGGAAAAGGAGUCUGAUACUCGCCACCAUAUGGUUGCUCAACAAUUGCACGUAUUACGGUCUGUCAUGGAACACCGCGAAUCUUGGAGGCAGUGUUCACGUAAACUCUGCAAUUGUUGCCCUCGUGGAGCUGCCUGCAGUCGCAUUCUUAAUGUUUACAGUUGACAAGUGUCGGAGGAAGGUUGUUGUGGGUGGCUGUAUGACGCUUUCGUCGAUAUCAUUACUUUCAACAACUCUCAUUCCUACCGACAUGACGUGGCUAGUAACAGGUUUGGCCAUGGCGGGGAAAUUGACAAUCACAGUAUCGUAUUCAACCCUCUACGUCUUUACAUCGGAACAGUAUCCUACGGAGUUGAGGAAUGUUGGCGUUGGAACUUGUUCAGCUAUUGCUCGGCUCGGUGGAGUGGUAGCACCUAUGAUUAUCAAGUUGUCUGACAUUUCGGCGCUUUUGCCACUAGUCACUUUUGGAUGUAGCCUAGUGCUUGCGGUUUUGCUGUUAGUUUUCCUUCCGGAAACGGCGAAGAAAAAGCUACCGGAAACAAUAGAAGAGGUGGAAAGGUUUGGAAAGCGUAAGAGUAAAAGUGAACGCGCCAACCACUUCUUGAAUGGUGUUAAUAACACUCAGAUGUUGCAGAAACUGAAAAAUUAAUCGUUUCAAAUAGUUGAAGCAAAGCCACGAAGGUGUUAAAAUAUAUAGUUAACACGAAGCUACUCUGAUGAUGUAACGUUCCAGGGGUGAAGUACAUUUGUCAUCUCAUACAAAAAUAGUUAGUUUUGAGACGACCUCAAUGAAAGAAAUUCAAUUUUUCCAACUUCAAGAUCACCUAUUUCGAGUGCUAGAGGUGGAGGUGUCUGAACCUCAACUUGCGCUCCAACCCCUAUGGAUAUCUGGAGUGCGUUGCAGAUUACUACGUUCAAUAUAUCAAGGGUCCAAUAUUUUCUAUGCAAGCACUCUGUGUAUCGGAUUUUAAU